AUGAAGGCUGUUCUUGGGGUGCUCUUGCUGUGCCUGGUGCUGCUGCACCCCUCUGCAGCACUUCCAGCAAAGGGGAGCGUGGGGGAAAGGAAUUCCCCAGGGAACAGGCUGGAGCUGAGCCCUCCGGAAGAGCUGGGGCUUGAAGGAGAGGAGAGAAAGAGAGAAAAUGCAGGUUUACAGGGAAGAGUGAGACCCAGCUCGGUGGCAAGAUCAAGGUUGACUGGUGCUGCUCACCUCUUGUCUGAGCCUGAGCCAGGAGCAAGAUGCCUCCCCGGGCUGGCUGGGGAUGGGGGCACAGGCUGGGCCAGCUCCAGCCUGCACCCGUGGCCGCUCGGGGGGCUGGAGGGACCCGUCUGCAGGGUGAAAAUGGACCAGGACGGGCUGACCUUGAGGCACAUGGAAGUUGUGGGGGUUCUCACCCACUAUGAAAGCAGCUUCAUCAAGCUGUUGAGACAACGCAGGGUCUGGGAUGAAAGUUACCUGGAGACCUUUGGCCUCUGCCAGGCUGGGGAGGCAGGUGCUGCUCUCCAGCCCCUGAUGCACAUCCAUGGACACGUGGUGGAGCCGGGGCAGGACCGACUCCUGGUGCUGCAUCUGGAUGAAGUGAAGUGGGAAGCGCAGACGAAGCUGUGGUUCAAGCUGGUGUUCCAGGCAGAGGUGGGCCGGUUGCUGGGAGAGCUGCGGGCGGCUCUGCUGCUCUUCUACCUGGGCAGGCGAGGGGGGCCGGGGGCCGGGACCCCCCCGGAGCGGCGGGAGCUGCUGGUCACCGGCCCGGGGCUGGCGAAGGAGCAGAGCCUCUGCCUGGCCAGGGGCACCCAGUACCUGGUCCUGGGAGCCACCGUAGCAUCCAUCAGCCGCGGCAGCGAGCAGCUCAGCUUCCAGGCAUCCCUGGCCAUCAGGCACCGUGGAGAGGGAGGUGCCCCCCUACCUCCCACGGAGACUCAGCAGCUCCUUUUUGGCUCGGACGACAAGUGCUUCACCAGGAUGACCCCGGUGCUGUUAUUGCUGGCCAAGUCACAGCAGGAGGAGGUGGCUUUGGCCCCUUCUUCCUACCUCUCUGCCGACGGGGUGGUGGAUGUAGCUCCCUACCCACAGCUCAGCCCACCCCAGGCAGGGACCGAGGAGCUGCUGUCCCCCACCGCCCCGAGCCGAGUCAACACUUCGUCCCCAGAGCCCGGCAGCAGCAACCAGUUCCUGGCCAUCCUGACCCAGUUCAUCCGUCAGGUCCUGAGCACCUCCAGCGAUCCCCCCACCCAGCCCAGCCCCCACCACUGGCUGGACUUCCAGGUGAUGGAGACCCUCCCUCACCAGCUGCUCAACCUGUCGGAGGAGGCGGCGCUGGAGCGCCUGGUGGAGUCGGAGGAGCCCUCGGUGCUGCUCUUCCCCCAGGACAGCGGGGCCGUGCUGGAGCAGCACCUGGGGGCCUGGCAGCCUGAGGGGACCGUGUUGCAGCUGCUGAUGGGCAAACUGCAGGCGGUGAUCCAGGAUCUGAGGGACAUCCCAGCCUUCCAAGCAAACACCGGGCUUUUCCAGCGCCUCCUGAGCUUUUGCUACUACCCGGCGGCACCGGGCGAGGGUGAAGGCGUCAAGCAGCCCUCGGGCUCGGGGAAGCUGCACACGCUGCUGCUGCUGAAGGCGCUGCAGACGGUGCGGGCUCGCUGGCAGGAGCGGGGGAAGGUGCAGCGGCAGAACCGCAGCGCCCGGCACCAGGCGCACUGCCGCCUGCAGGAGCUGACCAUCGACCUGCGGGACCGCAAGUUCAUCGUCAUGCCCACCGUCUACGCCGCCAACAACUGCGAGGGGCCCUGCAAGCUGCCCCUCUCCACCCGCGUGCCCAGCUACUACUCGCACACGGUGCUGCUGCUGGGGAUGCAGGAGCGGGGCUCCCCCCUCCAGCGCGCUCCCUGCUGCGUGCCCGUCCGCUACUCGGAUCAGCUCAUCAUCAGCCUCUCCACGGAGGGGCUGGAGGUCCGCAAGUUCCCCAACAUGGUGGCAGAGGAGUGCGGCUGUCGGUAGAG